CAUGUCGCCCGUCUCCUCGUUCCUGUGGACUUACGCCGUGGGGGUGAAGGUGUUGCUCUCCCAGCUGCUCGGACGCAGCUUUUUGCUGCCAGUUCUUGCUCCGCAAAAAGGGAAGGUUGCCAUAGUGACUGGUGGUGCCAAAGGGAUUGGGUAUGAAACCGCAAAACAUCUAUCAAGACUGGGCAUGCAUGUGAUUAUAGCUGGAAAUCACAAAAAUCAGGGACAACUAUCCGUAAGCAGAAUUGUCCAGGAAACUGGGAAUGAGAAAGUGGAGUUUAUGUUCCUAGAGCUUGCUUCAAUGCAGUCCAUACAGCAGUUUGUCCAAAACUUCAAAGCAAAGAAUCUCUUACUCCAUGUUUUGGUAAAUAACGCGGCAGUGAUGCUGGUGCCUCAGAGAAGCACUGCGGAUGGAUUUGAAGAGCACUUUGGUGUGAACUACCUUGGACACUUCUUGCUGACCCGUCUUCUUCUGGAUACCCUGAGGGAAUCGGGGAGCCAUGAUCGUAAUGCUCGAAUUGUCACUGUUUCUUCAGCCACCCAUUAUAUUGGCGAGCUAAACUUCAAUGACUUGCAAAGCAGACUUCAUUAUUCUCCCUAUGGAGCAUAUGCCCAGAGCAAGCUUGCCCUUGUCCUCUUCUCAUAUGAACUGCAGCAGCGCUUGACAGCUGAGGGGAGCUACGUGACGUCAAAUGUAGUGGACCCAGGAGUUGUCAACACUGAUCUCUACAAGCACACCAGCUGGCUCUUCAAACUGUGCAAGUCGUUAACGUCCUGGCUGUUCUUCAAGACUGCAGCCCAGGGAGCUUCCACUGUGAUAUACGCAGCAGUUUCUCCAGACUUGGAAGGAGUGGGAGGUUCCUACCUUGCUAAUGGCCAGAAGACAAAAUCAGCGGACAUUUCGUAUGAUGCAGACCUUCAAAAAAAACUUUGGACCCAAACCUGCAAGCUUGUUGGGAUUCCGGAGUGGCACCAGUCCAAUGUUUGAAGGAAGGAGGAGGCUGUGACACAAAGGCUGAGUGUGCGAGCUAUGUGGUUCUGUCACUUCCUCUCGUUAGGCUGGCACCAGGAAUAACAAGCCUACUCAUGGGAAACUGCAAGCUUAAAACCGAAGCAAAAAUCACAAUGAAUUCAAUUACUCAUGGUGUUUGUGUUCAUCAGGAAACCGAAAACUUAUUUUGGAUGUUCGGUUUAAUUCAGUAUAUUGACAAAAUUUCCAAGUUGAUAAUAUAUGAUUAUACGAAACAUGUCAAACUGUUCAGAUUUAGAGAGAGAGAAAGAUAUAUACAUAUAUGCACUUUGGUACUGCGGUGUUCCAGUACUUAAUUACUACCUGUAGAGGCCACUGGUGGUCUAUAUAAUUAUUUUGCUUACGCUAAAGAGAUACCUUUUGUUAGACACCAUCAGUUGAGAUAAAAAGUCCUACCAGAAUAAUGACCCAUCCUUCUGUCUGAGCUGCUCAUCAGUCUGCUUCCUAUCUUUUCAAGAUGUAGGUUUCCAGAUUUGCACAUUUCCAUUACCAUCUGGCUACUUCAUCAGUUUCUGAUGGCUGAAGCCAGUACUGCAAUAAUUAUUUUUAAAAACCUAUCUGAUUCAUCAAUGGCCUAUAAGAAAGGAAACCGCCACCCUUACCUGGUCUGGCCUACAUGUGACUCCAGACCCACAGCAAUGUGAUUGACUCUUAACUGCCUCUAGACAAUAAGUGCUGCCUUAGCCAGUGAUACCCAAAGCCCCUGAACAUUUUUUUAAAAUUGCACUAGCCCUACAGACACUGUUGUUAAGAGAAUAGAUAGUCUGCAGUGAGUAAACUCCCCUUCCCCAAAGCCUUUCCAAAAUCUGUAAGGCACAAGCCAGGAGUGCAUGAGAACACUCCACACUUGCCUGGGGUCUAACUUGAACAACACUUAAGAAGCUUAAUGAUGUCCUGAACAAACUUCCCCAUUUCACAGGUACCCCAUCCACACUACCUUAAUUUCCUCCACCAAUGGUGCACUUUGCUGUUCACGUGCGCCAUUGACGAGAUACACUGCAGGAACCCAUCAAGGUAACUUCGAUCACAUUACUCAAACCUGCAAUCCCUACUAUUAGGAACGACGAAGGCAGCAGUCUCAAGGAAAUGGUGUUAAAUUUCCCCUGUAGUAUACACUCUAUCCUGACUUCUUCAUUGUUUGGCCAAACUCCUGGACUCAUUUCCUAACAGCACAGUAGGUGUACCCAUCACCACAUGGAUUGCAUUAAGAGAUAGUAAGAACUGCCGAUGCUGGAGUCAGAGAUAACACAGUGUGGAG